GCGGGGGCCACGCCGGCCUGGCCCCGCCAGCCGCGAUCGCGCGCGCGGCCCCCGCCCCUGGCGCGGCCAUGGAUGUGACGAGCAGCUCGGGCGGCGGCGACCCCCGGCAGAUCGAGGAGACCAAGCCGCUGCUAGGGAGCGACGUGUCGGCCCCCGAGGGCACCAAGGUGAUGGGCGCCGUGCCUUGCCGCCGGGCCCUGCUGCUUUGCAACGGGAUGAGGUACAAGCUGCUGCAGGAGGGCGACAUUCAAGUCUGUGUCAUCCGGCACCCUCGGACCUUUCUCAGCAAGAUCCUCACCUCCAAAUUCCUGAGGCGUUGGGAGCCGCACCACCUAACGCUGGCCGACAACAGCUUGGCAUCCGCCACGCCGUCUGGGUACAUGGAAAACUCGGUCUCCUACAGCGCCAUUGAAGACGUUCAGCCGCUGUCCUGGGAGAAUGCCCCGAAGUACUGUUUACAGCUCACGAUCCCUGGAGGGACCGUCCUGCUGCAGGCUGCCAACAGCUACCUGCGAGAUCAGUGGUUCCAUUCUCUGCAGUGGAAGAAAAAGAUUUACAAAUACAAGAAAGUCCUGAGUAACCCGAGCCGCUGGGAGGUUGUCUUGAAGGAGAUACGGACACUGGUGGACAUGGCUCUCACGUCCCCGCUGCAGGAUGACUCCAUCAACCAGGCACCACUGGAAAUCGUCUCAAAACUGCUCUCGGAGAACACAAACCUGACCACUCAGGAGCACGAGAACAUCAUUGUGGCAAUUGCGCCUCUGCUGGAGAACAACCACCCACCACCAGAUCUCUGCGAAUUCUUCUGCAAGCACUGCAGAGAGCGGCCCCGGUCUAUGGUGGUCAUCGAGGUGUUCACACCGGUGGUUCAGAGGAUCCUUAAGCAUAAUAUGGACUUCGGGAAAUGCCCAAGGCUGAGGCUCUUCACCCAGGAGUACAUCCUCGCCCUGAAUGAGCUCAACGCAGGCAUGGAGGUGGUCAAGAAGUUCAUUCAAAGCAUGCAUGGCCCCACAGGGCACUGCCCACACCCCCGGGUCCUGCCCAACCUCGUGGCUGUGUGCCUGGCUGCCAUAUAUUCCUGCUAUGAAGAGUUCAUCAACAGCCGCGACAACUCCCCCAGCCUGAAAGAGAUCCGGAACGGCUGCCAGCAGCCGUGCGACCGGAAGCCCACCUUACCUCUGCGCCUGCUGCACCCCAGCCCGGACCUGGUGUCUCAGGAAGCCACGUUGUCUGAGCCACGGCUCAAGUCGGUGGUCGUGGCCUCCAGCGAGGUCCACGUGGAGGUGGAGCGCACCAGCACUGCCAAGCCGGCGCUGACAGCCAGCACGGGCAAUGACAGCGAGCCCAACCUUAUUGACUGUCUCAUGGUCAGCCCGGCGUGUGGUACCAUGAGCAUCGAGCUGGGCCCCCAGGCCGGCCGCACACUCGGCUGCCAUGUGGAGAUCCUCAAGCUGCUGUCCGACUAUGAUGACUGGAGACCGUCUCUGGCCAGCUUGCUUCAACCCAUUCCAUUCCCCAAAGAAGCUCUCGCGCACGAGAAGUUCACAAAGGAGCUGAAGUACGUGAUUCAGAGGUUUGCAGAAGAUCCAAGACAGGAAGUCCACUCGUGUCUGCUGAGCGUGCGGGCAGGCAAGGAUGGCUGGUUCCAGCUCUACAGUCCCGGAGGGGUGGCCUGUGAUGAUGACGGGGAACUGUUUGCCAGCAUGGUGCAUAUCCUCAUGGGCUCCUGUUACAAGACCAAAAAGUUUCUGCUCUCACUGGCUGAAAACAAGCUGGGCCCCUGCAUGCUCCUGGCACUGAGAGGGAACCAGACCAUGGCAGAGAUACUGUGUUUGAUGCUGGAGUACAACAUCAUUGACAACAACGACACCCAGCUACAGAUCAUCUCCACGCUGGAGAGCACAGACGUGGGCAAGCGCAUGUAUGAACAGCUAUGCGACCGGCAGCGGGAGUUGAAGGAGCUGCAAAGGAAAGGCGGACCCACCAGGCUAACACUGCCCUCCAAGUCCACGGACGCGGACCUGGCCCGCUUACUGAGCUCCGGCUCCUUUGGAAACCUGGAGAACCUCAGCUUGGCCUUCACCAACGUCACCAGUGCCUGCGCCGAGCACCUCAUCAAACUGCCUUCUCUCAAGCAGCUCAACCUGUGGUCCACGCAGUUUGGAGACGCCGGCCUGCGGCUCCUGUCGGAACACCUCACUAUGCUCCAGGUGCUGAACCUGUGUGAGACCCCAGUCACCGACGCGGGCUUGCUGGCCCUCAGCUCCAUGAAGAGUCUUUGCAGUUUAAAUAUGAACAGCACCAAGCUCUCGGCUGACACCUAUGAGGAUCUGAAGGCCAAGCUUCCUAAUCUAAAGGAGGUUGAUGUUCGCUACACUGAAGCCUGGUGAAGCCCCCUGUGUGCACAGGAUGGCGUCGCACAAAACAAAAACAAAAAAAGAAACAAAACAAACAAAAAAAAUGACUCUUGACUAAUAGCCGUAGAGCAGUGGGUCCCAGGGUGGUCCCAGCACCUGGCUGCGGGAUAGAUGGGGGAGUCUUGGGGGGGCGGAGGGAGGAAGGGUGGGGAAAUCCUCAGCACGCCCAGACACCCCCCCCCCCGCCUAAUUCUUAGAGCUUCAUAUUGGAACCUUUGACCUUGAUCAAAAGCGGCCUUGGUGGCAACAAGAGGAGGAACAGCGGGCAGGCAGGGCAGGGAGGGGUGGGGGGAUCCCUGUGUGGAGUUUCUUUGCCUUUGUUGUGUGAUACCGUGGGGGGUUGGGGGGAGCAUUCAUCCAGCCUGAUGCUGUUGACUCGGGCCAGAAGGAGGAGUCUUCUUCCUGGAGGUGCACCGAGCGGAGAUCUCACCCCUACCAUUGGGGCAGGAAUACCCAGUCACGUCACCCCAUCGUCCUGUGUCCUCACCAUCGCUAUGCAAAGUGGUUCUUGUUGUACAUAAGAUUUAAAUAACGCACCUAUUUAAGAAACGUUGACAAAUUGUGGGUCUGGGACCCGCUCUUAUUUAUGAAGUCUUUCACCGGCCCUCCCUCCUCACCUGCCCCCACUUGCCCGCCCUCCCUACCUUCCCCCACACACAACCCCCCCACCCCCUGGCGUGUAGUACUGUCUGAACCAGUCAGCUGUUGGGUUAGUGCUUGUAGUUCAGGUUUUUAAAGGAAACAACAACAGGGAAAAAAAGACCUUUGGAAACUUAAUUGCUUUUUUUCUUACCAGUCUCUGUAUGGUAAUAUUCUCCUGGUCAGUCAGUCUGCCCACUUGCUACUCUGUAUUAUUUCCAGAUGUCUCCAGCUUCCUCGUGGGUGGGGAUCAAGAUGGGGGGGAGGGGGUGGGGAGAGGAAGAAAGAGGUUCUCCGUAUUGUAGCUCACACCUCCCCUUCUCUGCUUCUGUGACUCUGGAAGGGCCCUGACCUUCCCUCCCUGUAUAUCCCUGUAGGAGAGUUGGUCCUCCAAGGUCCUGCUGUCGUUCCUUACUCCCUUUUAUGCUGUCCCUGUCCCCUACUGAGACUUGCAACCUGUGGCUUCCCCACCCUGUGGUUUUAACGCAUGCCCCAUGCCCACUUCUUUGCAUGGUCUCUUGGGAGAAAAGAGCAGCUACGUCACCCAGCCAGCCUGACCCGACCCGACCGUCCACACCUCCCCUCCACCGACAUGGUCACUGCUGCGGCAUCCCCUCCCCCUUGUGCCCAGAGGCAGACCAACCUCAUUUCUUUUUACAAACAGUUGGCUUUUUCUUACCAAGCCCUCACUGUACAGAAACGGCCCUUUGACAGUCCUUUUGGGGAUACCCCCCCUUUCCCAGACUCCAGCCCUUUUUAUGUUAGUUUAGCACAAAUCUUUCCCCUCCCUGGCACCUCCAAACCAGACCCACCAGUCGAUGUUAAUUUUUUUUUAUCUAUUUAAUCUUAUUCGAUGGAGACCAUGCUUCAUUUGUUUUAUACUUUGCCAGGUAGACUUUAUUACCCACCCUGCCCCCAACUAUGCCCUCAUUUUUUUAAAAAAGGAAAAAAAAAAAAAAACCACACCAAAAAAAAACAAAAACAAAAACAGAAAAAAAAACAAAAACAGAGACUUCGGGUUCGAGUCUCAGUCUUAAUUCCCCUUCCGUGGCAGGUUUUCUUCUGUGCGUGUGCCUGUGUGUGUGUGGAGUGAGUUCUGGUUUGUGUUUGUUUUUCUCUGUUGAUUUCUGUUGUUGCUUUCUCCCGACCCCGCGACCCCGGUUCCGUACUUCACAGCACCCUGGUGCAGAGAGAAGCAGAAGCAGAAAAAAAUAUAAAAUAAAAUAAAAAAGUAAAAAAAAAAAAAAUUUAAAAAGUUAAAAAAAAAAGGAAAAAAUUUUAAAAAGGAAAAAAAAAAACGAAGAACUAAGACAUGCCACCCCCACCCCACCCCCACUCCCACCCCGCAAUGUUGCUUUUCUUGAUGGUUAAUAAUAAAUACUGUCACGUAGCUGUGUACAAAGAGAUGUGAAAUACUUUCAGGCAAAAAUAAACUGUAAGUGACUCAUGAAA